CUUUCUGGAGGCGACGCCAACGCCACGGCCGAAAGCUUUUCUCAGCCCGAGAGAUCCGCUGCGAGGGCGCCCCCAACCCGACGGUCGCCGGAGAAGCAGCAGCCGCCGCCCACCCACCCAUCCAGUCGAUGGCGCCGCCGGAUACCAGCCGCGCGCCGGCGCAAGGCGAGGAAGCCGCCUCCACAUCCCCGUGGCCUCUCCGGAAGCUCCAGAGUUUUACACCAGGGUUGUGUUCGCAGUACAAAGCUUAUGAGAAUGCAUUUGUGGAUAUGGCUAAAGGAACUAUUUCGGAUGCAAUGGUUCUUGUGAACGAGCACCAGACAGAGGCAAUUGGAUGUGCCACUGUGGCAGGAUUCAUCUUAUUGAGAGGUCCUCGGAGAUUUUUAUACCGCAAUACUCUGGGGCGUUUCAAGACUGAGAAGGAUUUACUGAAUGAUGCUGAGCAAAGUAUGAUGGAGUACAAAACAUCUAUCGAACAGUUGAAAAAAGAUUCAAAAUACACCCUAGACAAAAUAGCUGUUGGUGAAAGUGAUUUGCAGCGUGGACAAACUGAUUUGAGGUCUACUGGUAAGCAGAUUCGAUCUCUUAUUGGUUCCAUUUACAAGGCUGAAUCCACAGCUACAGGUUUGAUGGAUCGACUCCGGACAAUUCCAACCAGACAAUCUCUUGAACUGCGAGCAGAGGUGGCUUCCAUGGCCUCUGAUUUGAAAAACCAGAGAUGUGUUCUACAAGAAAGGAUCAACAAAAUAUCUGAAUAUGGUGUCCGCGUCUGAACUUCAGUAAUCAUAUUUCCCAUGAUACCACACUUGCCCUUCCAAGGUGGCAAUAAACUGAAUCACUGCAGGAGAUGCUGUUUAUCGUUUGAUCAGGCCAGUACCAUCUCCGGACUCUUAACCUUUUCUGUAAGCAUUUUAAAUAGGAGAGCAAACAAAAUCACUCGCCAUAACCAUGGAUUUCAUGGCAUAUUCACUGUAUUUCUGUGCUGCGCUUGCGCAUUGUUCCUUCAGCUUAUGUGAUGUGUUUCCUGUAAGCAAUCUUUUUGGCAUUCUGGUUCAGAAGAACCCUCCGGCUGCUUUUUCCCACAUGGGCCCCCUCAUCGUACUACCAAGUUAUGUGAUAUUCUGAUGUAAGACAUCUCUGCUCCAAGCCUCCAGGAAGGCCAUAGGACAAUGAAAUUAUGUUUCAUUCUUCA